UGCCUCCCUCACAGUUAUUCUUUCACUACAACCAAGAGGUGAUGAUGAAGUUUGAAGAGGUACUCCACGAAGCUGGUGACUUUGGGAAGUUUCAGAUUUUGGUUCUGGCACUUCUGUUUAUUCCAAGAAUCAUUGUUCCCCUGCACUUUAUGCUACACAACUUCUUGGGGCUGGUCCCACCUCACCACUGUGCCAUUUCAGCUCAGGACAGUCUAGUAAACUUAAUUGAAGAUGGGAGACUCACAGUUAGUAUUCCUAAGGAGGCUGAUGGGACCUUCAGUUCCUGUAAGAUGUACUCAGAGCCCCAGUUUCAUCUCCUGUCCAACUCUUCCCAAGAAGAUGGGAACAUCUCUUCCAUUACACAGUGCAAGCAGGGCUGGCAAUAUGACCACAGUCAGUUUCUAUCUACCAUUUCAGAAGAGUGGAAUCUAGUUUGUGAGAAGAAAGGAUUAAAUCAAGCAUCUGCAACCUUCUUUUUCAUUGGAGUAACCUUUGGUGCUGUCAUUUUUGGUUUGCUUUCUGACAGGUUUGGGCGGAAAAAAAUCCUUCUUGUCACAUAUAUUGUAACUGCUUUAGCUGGAAUGAGUGCUGCAUUUUCCAAGUCUUAUGCAAUGUUUGCUGUACUAAGGUCCAUUUCUGGAAUGUCCAGCUCAGGAAUGGGAAUGCUGUCUUUAUCAUUAGGAAUUGAGUGGAUUACAGUAAAGAAUCGAACAUUUACAGGAACAGUAAUCGGUCUGUCUUGGUGUAUUGGGAAUAUAUUACUGGCCCCCAUGGCCUACUUUAUCAGGGACUGGCACUGGCUUCAGUUUGCUGUAUCUGCUCCAUGUGUGUUGUUAAUAUUCACCUGGUGGUGGAUUCCAGAGUCUGCAAGAUGGUUACUAGCAAAUAGACAGAUCGAAAUGGCUGAAAAGGUCCUGAAGAAAUGUGCAUAUGUAAAUGGCAAAAAUGAGUAUACCUCCAAAGUUAACGAUGAGACCUUAAAAAAAGUAAUGACUGCACCGAAUUCAGCUAAGUUUUUCUCCUACUGGCAAUUAGUAAAAACACCCCAAAUAAGGAAGACCACACUUUGCAAUGGAAUUGUAUGGUUUGGAGUGGCUUUUACAUAUUAUGGAAUCAGUAUGAGAAUUACUGGAUUUGGCCUGAAUGUAUACCUAACACAAUUCGUUUAUGGAGCUAUUGAAAUUCCAGCUAAAAUAGGUACCUACCUUGUUUUAGAUAUCACUGGCCGAAGGAAGGGCCAGGCAUGGACACUGAUCAUCACAGGAGCACUGAUUGCUUUGACUGCUGUCAUACCUGCAGAAUAUGGCCUCCUUCGCUCUGUGACAUCUAUUAUUGGGAAGGGAUUCUCUGAGGCAGCCUUCACCAUAGCCUUCCUGUUCACUGCAGAACUAUAUCCAACAGUUAUCAGGCAGACAGCUUUAGGAUAUGCAAGUUUCAUUGGUCGAAUUGGAAAUUCAGUUGCUCCAUUAAUCCUGCUGCUGGAAGACAUCUGGUUUUAUUUACCUUCUAUUAUAUUCAGUGUAGUGCCCAUUAUCUGUGGGACAACUGCAUUCCUGCUGAGAGAAACAACAAAUACUCACCUGCCAGAGACGAUUGAUGAUAUAGAGCAUAGAGGAAUGAAAGCUGCUAAUGGCCUUCUUCAGCAUGAGACAGAGCUCCAGUUAAUGCCUGUACACCAAAAUGGAGAACUAGCAAAAUGAACUAGAAAACCACUUUACCUCCUCCAUUUGAUAUGAACAAUGAAAAAAUGACCAAAAGAAAGCAUUUUUAUUUUCUAAACCUUUCACUUUUAGCAGAUCUCUGGUUUACCAUUGUUAGUUUAAAAAGAAAAUUAAAGAAUAUUCAAGUGAAACAGUAAAUCAUUGCUCUUAGUUUUAUUUUAGAUUAUUCAUGCUAAAACAUUUGUGGCUCAGAGAAAAUGGAGAAAAACAAUCUAGUUAUUGACAAAGUGACUCGAGUGGUUGGUAAAAAUCCAAGAGGAAAAUUGAUAUAUCAGUUUGCAGCCUAAGAGAUAUAGUUCCAUGACUCCUACUGUUUCAUUUCUUCUGAAUCCUCACUUUGCCUUAUGUGUACCUAUGCAGUUUUGAACUACUGUACAACUGUUGACACUGUCUUUUUUGGAAGGCUCUUAGCUAUAUAAAUUUCAUUCUCUGCAAAAACAAAUACUUUCUCACCUUACUUUUGAGUCCUUCACAUUAUUUCAAAUUACG